CGCAGCGCACAAUUCGAAAGUCAACUCGUUGAGACAGACGUCGUGAGGAAUGGAUUACUGCCUAACCUUGAAACGCUUUUUGUUGAAGUGAUAUUUUGCCAACCAAAUAAUUAUCGCUGUAUUCAUAUGCAAGAGCCUCAGCCAUGGUGAGGGAGCGGGGGCAGAAGAAGUCCUUCCAGCAGAGUCUGGAGGACAUCAAGGAGAAGAUGAAGGAGAAGAGGAACAAGCGGCUGGCUAGCGCCUCGGCACCCAGCAGAGGACGGUCCAAAAUGAUCAACAAAACCAGCGGGGGAAACUCCAGGCACAUCAUCCUGAAGGGUGUCCAGCUCAACAACAAGGCCCUGGCUGUGGCCCUGCAGGCAGAGAAGGAGAAAGUGAGGCAGGCCAAUGUGGUGAUCCUGCAGCUGAAGAGAGAGCAGCAGGCACUGUUUCUUCACCUGCUGCUGCUCAAGAGGAAACUCAAAGAGCAGGAAGCCCUGUCAAGCGCUGCAGAGAGGGAACCUACAAAAAUCACAGCUGAACCCCAAAUCCAAGUGGAUUCUCUCAGGACUCAGAUCAGUCAGAGUCUCAACAAGCCCAUCGCAAGUGAAGCCCCAGCCGUGUGGACAGACUCUCAGGUCCCGGAAAAAUCGGGACAGUCUGAAUCUGACACACAGGUUGCCUUGCCGCGUACUGUGGGUGUGAGGCGUCGGCAUGCUGAGAGCAGCAGGAGGAGGAGAUCUGAUCGUGUGCGAGAGCGGCGGUCGUUGAGCGAGGGGGACUCUGUCAUGUCUCUGGAGGGUGUUGUAGGAGAUGUUCUUCAGGGUUUGGGGACCCUAACAGCGAGCCCCAUCCUCUGUGACAGUGGAAACCAGAAUCACACCCAGCAACAAGAGCAACCAGAGCCAGCAGAUCCCACUGGCCCUGUGGAGUUCGAACACUCCACCCCAGAACCUGCCCCACAAAAAGCAACCAGCCAGCAGAAACCUCGUCGGAAACAAGCCCAGCAGCAGCCCCGUGCCAAACCGGAAUCAACGGCACAGAAACCCGAGAGGGGCCGCAAACCAGAGCGGGCCCCUUUGAAGAAACCCUGGGAGAAUCCCAAACCAAGAGCCCGCUCCAAGAGCAGGGACAGGUCAGCCACACGAGCCCGUGCAGCUCCUCCACCACAGGGCGACAAGCUCAACACCUCCCUGGGAUUCAAUGACACAUUUGACUUUGACUGCGAGGGGACGGUUCAUCUCACACCCUUCAGGGCCAAGGCCGAGGACAAUAAGCUGGCCACGCCCAUCUGUGAAGAGGCGUCACGGAGUGGACAAACCUCAAAACAGUCUUCACCUGUGGUUUCCAAGGAGACUGAGACUAGCUUGUCAUCAGCAUCAUCAUCUGAAUCAGAGGACAGCCUUUAUGUUCCACAGAAGGCUUGGAGGAAACAGAGCCCGCCUGGCAGGACCAAGGUGAUCCCCACUCGUAGACGAAGACGCUCUGAAAAAGUUGAACAGAAAGAAAAUAUUCCCCUCCAACAGGAGAUGCCAGGCUUUAGAGACAAUGAGGCAAGUCCAAAGUCUCUAGACCCUGAAAAAGAGGAACUGCCUGUCUCCCAGUCCCCUGACUGUGUCUUUGCUAACAGUCCUGACCCAGUGAGUCUGGGGCAGGAAAACCACCUUGAGCCAUGCAGAGACGAUGUAGAAGAGGAUUGUUUGCUCCCUGUUACCCCUGGAGUCGAGGCUGAGAUAAUGAGGAUAGACAACGUCCUGUCCAGCUUCGGAGAUUCCACUGAGACUCCUCCUCUUUUACCUAGUCAGACACCCAAGAGGGCCAACACGUGCAAAAGACGUGGGCUUGGUGUCAGGACAGCAGGGCGGGGCUUGAGUCUGUGUGAUGUGACCAAUCUGUCCCCCGCAGCCUAUCGCAAGUUCUCAUGUGGAGGCUCACGCCCCUCUGAUGCCCGAUGCUCCACCCCUGUGCCUGCCCGCAAGAGGCGCUGCACCAUGACAGUGGACUACAAGGAGCCCUCAUUAAACGCGAAACUCCGGCGAGGAGACAAGUUUACGGACUUGCAGUUCCUCCGCUCUCCUAUCUUCAAACAGAAGUCCAGCAGGAGGUCGGUGCAGAACUCGAGGAAAAGCCAGCAAACACUUGAGAAAUACAACGAGUCGUUUGUCGGCUGCCGCUGAUGGCAGCUCCUUCAUGUUCAUCCAUUCUGAUUUCUGAACGUCGGUGGGCAUUGUGGUUUUUAACUGCGAUUUCAUGGACUUUGACAAGUGAUCAUAUUGUUCCUCACUUGACAGCUUGUAAUUAUUUCUUAUGUGAUGAAGAGCGACUGUGAUCAUUGUUAGAUUAUUUUUUUUCAUUAAGAAAUGUUGUUCCGUGUGUUUCAGUUUUGUACAUGCUGUAUUGCAGGCACUGGUCUGUAUAUCACCUUCCACACUGCCCUUUUGAUUCGUCACCCAUCAGUCUUUAUAUCCAUGCCCUGAUAACUAUCUGCUGUAGAAGCAAGCUUAAUAUAGGCCCUUUCACAUCGUUUCAAUUACCUGCUGGGUUUUAUAUGACAUAAUUGUGAGUAUAAAUUGUUGUUGUGUCAUCUCCUGUAUUCUCUAGUCCUUUCUUCAGUGUAAUCUUCUAUGAUGUGAUAAUAAACUUUUGGCUAAAUGCUUUACA